ACACGUGUGUUUUGCAACAAGAUGGCGAAAAGCAUUCGGUCUAAAAGGAAAAGAAAACUUCGAGCUCAGAGAAGAGAACAGUUAAAACCAAGGGUAAAAGCGCAGCUUGAGAAGACACUUGGGCUAAGUGACAAGGAGAUGCUCGUUGACAUACAAAAAGACGAAGAGAACAAAAGUGAAGUAGAAACAUUUGAUAAGGAAGACUCAAUGAUCAUGAAUAACGCAGCUGCAGAACAGGGUACUGAGGAUGUUGUGAUGACAACAGAAGAUGGACCUCAGAAAAAGCUCACAAAGAAAGCCCUCAAGAGAAUCAACAAGACAAAUAAUUUGAAAAGGCUUGGCAACAAGAAAAGAAAAAAUAAAAAGAUUUUGAAGUGGUGACUAGAAAAGGGCAGUUUAAAGCUAUCUUUCUCAAUAGGUCAUUUUACAGUUGUAAUUAGUUGCUCAGCCUUUGAAGGGGGGUGAGGCUGAAGGUGUCCUUGUUGUGAAAAGCAGCAAUGUUUGCAUUUUGUUAACACUUAAUUAGCAUUUAUUGAUUUAUCCAUUGGAUAGCAUUUUCUGCCCUUUGAAAAGCUAGGCCAAUGACUCUGGAUUGAGAGGUUUACAUCCGAGCCCUGACCAAGGGCAAGGAAACUUGAUAAAACUGCUGGGGACCGUCUGACUGUGAUGUGAACUACAAUCCACUGAGGAGAAAAUGCCAGCCUCUUAGUCACUUACUACCACAAAAACCAGUAUCCACAGUUAUGAGCCACUAUACUUUAUGACUUGAUCUUUAUUCUUAUAUCAUGACAUACUUUGUUCAAGAGAAUAUUGAGAUCUUGAUCACUCUCAGUGAUUAUCUGAGACUGCUGAGUGUCUUGGUAGCACUGCUGAAUCAUCUCUUUGGAGCUAUCUUAUUUCAGUUCUUCAAGUGUAUUUAUCAGCAUAAAUCUGGAAAAUAUGAUGUACAGCCUCCGAAACCACAGCAACUGACUUUUGUGAGCAUACAUGGCCUUCUGUUGACAGAAACAUUUAUUCCAAAAUAAACAACAAGUUAUACAAAAUAUGAGU